AUGAGUUCCUCGAUCCAGAUCGUUGAUGAGAAGAAAGUUGAAGCUUUGUCUCUUCAACAUCAGGAUGAGAAAAAGACUGAACAAAUGGGUAGUAAUGAGCUGAGUUUCGGGAACCAUGGCGGCUGUUGUGCAAUUUGUUUGAAUACAAUUCCUCUUCAAGAAACAGCCAUGGUUAAAGGCUGUGAGCAUGCUUACUGUGUGACGUGCAUACUCCGUUGGGCAAGUUGCAAAGAGAAACCAACAUGCCCACAAUGUAAGCAUCCAUUUGAUUUCCUCAAUGUCCACCGCACUCUUGACGGAAGCGUGGAAGAUUUCAUGUUCGAGGAGAGUGUAUGCCUCCUCCUGAGAGCAUCGUGGUUUCAGCCGCUGGAAGUAGUGGUGCGUGUUUCAGACAAUGACAACUACAAUCAAGAUUUCGAGAUUCCACCAGAGUAUGAGGAGGAAGACGAAGAAGAUGACCUUGACGAGUUUUACAUGCACGGUACAAGUCUUCGUUUAGGAAACAGGAGGUGGGGAGACAAUGGUUUUGUCCGAGCAGGCCGCCAAGAGGCAAGGCCGGUCCAUGUCCAGCGUAAGCAGCAACAAGGUGGCCAAGCUUCUGCCUCGGAAUCCGGCUCUUCUUCUUCUUCUUCUUCUUCCUCACAUGAGCCGAAGGAGAAGAAUAGCACUGCCGCGACGGGAAGGCGUGCAAAGAGGGCAAUGAAGCGUGAAGCUGCAAACAAAGCUGCGGAAGUUGUGGCAGCUGCAAAGCACGAGGCUCUCUUGGUUAGGUUGGGAAGGAAGUGA